UUCUGCCCAGGACACUGACUUAAAGGAGGUUUCGCUCCAGCGCUGGGGUUGCAUGUGCAAAAUUUACCACGGGUGUGUCAGGAAUUUCAAUCUUUGCUUCCAAAACAGACUGGCAGCAUGGGAGCCGACGCGGGGCGUAAGUGGGAUACCACAUACCAUUUACUAACAUCUUCACUUUGAGAAUUGGGACACCUCCUCUUAUGUGAAGUUGUACCAUCUCCUCCACCAAACCACCUCCCGCCGUCCGGGUGACAUGCAAAGAGUCCACGCGCAAAUGUCCCUCGGCUCGGGGAAAUUCUUCCACGCCGUUGCUGAUUGUGGGAAUGCCUGAGACAAAGUGAACAGGAUUAUGUUGGCCACGACACUCACGGCGGCGCUGAUCUAUCUCACGGUGCAAAACAGCAGCGCCUUGGCCCUGGGCACGGCAUGCUGGGACGAAAGGUUGACACGGGCUGGCAGGAACGGCAGCUGUGUUGCUUCGCAGCCCUUCCUGAUCUUCGGCCAUGGUAAAGCCAUACAUAGGAUGGAUCUGAACGGGAAGAACCAGAGACGGUUGGUGGCUGGGGUAGCAUCAUCCAUCCUGCUGGAUUUCCAUUUCAUCGAGGAACGAAUCUACUGGGCGGAUAAGCAUGCCGGAAUCAUCUACAAGACAUCCGUGAGAGGCAUGCCAAGACAGAAACUGUACGCGUCUGACAAACACAUUUCGGGCCUCGCCGUGGACUGGAUUUGGAACGCCGUGUACUGGACGAGCCGGGAAAAAGGCAGAAUAAAGAGGAUGGAUAUAAACGGGAAAAACCAAAGGACUCUCGUGAGGCACUUGAGUCUGCCGAGCUCGAUUGUGAUUGACCCCACUAAAAGGUUUUUGUUUUGGCUGUCUGGUGGAAUGACCCCAAGCAUCCAGCGGUCUGACCUGACAGGACAAGCUAAAACAACAUUGAUUAAAAACUCGCAACAGUGGAAGGCACUGUCCGUCGACUACGGCGACAAGAGACUGUUCUGGGUUCAGUUCGGUCUGCAAGGCGAAAUCACGAUUGCCUCCUCUGACUACAAUGGCAAAGCCCUGCACUACAUAGACCAGCCCCUUCACUCUGAUUCGCUGGGAAUAGGGCUUUUCCACGAGCAUGUGUAUUACACCGAUGCUGCGUCCCGACUAAUAAAGCAAGUCAACAAGUACACAGGCGGCGAGGCGCUGGACGUCAAUGUAAACCAAAUGGCAAAGGUCCCGGUUGAUAUCAGAGUAGUUCAUCCUGACAAGCAGCCAAUGGUGGACUCACCAUCAUCACUUCCAGGAUGCGAUGACCAGAGUGGCAACUGCGUCGAUGUGUGCUCAAGUACAGCUGAGCAGCGAGUUUGUAAGUGCAGUGAAGGUUUUGCUCUCAGUAAGCAAGGCUCCUACUGUGAAGAUGUGAAUGAAUGCUCCCACUGGAACCACGGCUGCUCUCUCGGAUGUGAAAACAUCCCAGGGUCUUAUUUCUGCACAUGCCCUAAGGGAUACGCUCUCCUACCGGACAAAAAAACAUGCAGAGAGAUCAUAACUUGUGACGGCAACACCACAGAGUGUGGUCACGGUUGCCUUGCAACAGACGAGGGUACCGUGUGUGUUUGUCCAAAGGGGUCUGUAUUAAAGGAGGAUGGACAGGCCUGUACAGGCUGCUCUUCCGCAGACAGAGGGGGCUGCAGUCAGCUGUGCACCCCAGUCUCCCCCACUAGGUGGCAUUGCAAUUGCCUGCCCGGCUACCGACUCCAGCAAGAUGGCAAGCGGUGUAUUGCCUCUGGACCUACACCCUAUCUGCUUGUUGCCAGUCUGGUGGGCGUGCAGAGAAUUAACAGUGAUGGCACUGAGGGCCAAAUCCUUGUGGAAGAGCCCAGAGGAGAAAUAGUAUCUUUGGAUUAUGACCUAAUGUCCAACCAUGUGUACUUUAUCAGCACAUCCCAGAAGACUAUAGAACGGGUCCAUUUGAACGGCGGAUCCAGACACCGCCUCGUCACCGACAGUCCAGACUCAAACAACGGGCUGGCUGUCGACUGGAUCCAUCGCAAGAUGUACUGGACUGUUAUGCGCCAGUCAACAGUUGUCAGCAGUGCCUUGGACGGACUCAAUAUGACAACUCUAAUAAGAACUGGACUUGACAAGCCGUCAUCCAUCACAGUUCAUCCUCUAGAAAAGAAGUUGUUCUGGGCGGAUAUCGGACGUCAACCCAAGGUGGAAAGCUGCUCUUUAGACGGCAUGGACCGCACGGUGAUCGCAAACACCGACCUGGUGUCGCCUGGUGGUCUGACGGUCGACUUCGCUGAGGGUCGUCUUUUCUGGUGCGACGGGACCAGGGUGGAGACCUGCGCUCUAGACGGUUCCGACCGACGGAUCCUGCUAGAGAACCAAGUAGGCCGGCCGUUUGACUUGGCCGUGUUUGAGGACAGGCUGUGGUUGGUGGACAAGAAGAACCGUCAGCUGAUGAGCAUACACAAGCGGACCGGGAGGAAACUGCAACGUCUCCUUAGCAACCUGGUCCAACCCGCGUCUGUUGUGGUAGUGCAUCCGCUUGCUAAACCAGAUACUGAUGAGUGUAAACUGGAAAGGCACAACUGUGACAAAAACACAGACUGCUUAAACACGAAGGGAAACUUCCUCUGCAAGUGCCAGGCUGGUUACCACGGCAACGGGCAGACAUGUCAAGAGCUACGCAUCACAUCGCCGUCUGUGACGACGAGCCGCCCUGGAAACUCCGUGGAGAGUUGCCCCUCCACCCAUGAGUCAUAUUGCUUAUACCAGGGUGUCUGCUUCUACUUCCCUGAGGUGGACUCCUACGCUUGCAACUGCGUGCCAGGCUACGUGGGUGAGCGCUGUCAGUUCACCGACUUGGAGUGGUGGGAGCUCCAGCAGGCGGAGGAGGAGCAGCGCAGGAACGUAGUUGUCGCCGCUUGCAUGGUGCUCCUGGUCUGCCUGCUCUCCAUCGCUGCCUGUGUUACCUACUGCUACGGAACUCGAGGAAUCUCCCGCAAGCAGUCCUCAGCGCACAAUGUGAGUCAGACCAACGUGACGGUCGAGGACAUGUUGGAAAUCACCAAAGACGGCGUACCUCAGGUCUACACAGCAGUGGACAGUGAGCCAAAAGCAAACGUCAUCCCAGCAACAGGCUGUCCAAGGAGGGCAGUAUGUCCAUCAUGCUGUUCAGAGACAGGGGACAAUCAGUCUGAAGAGACGGGGUUGUGGUCUAAACACAACCAGGCGUAUGAGUGUUCCAUGGCGUCCGUUGUUGCUAUGGAGGCCAAGCAGAACCCCCUCCAAAGCUCGAGUCAGUCGGCGGACUCCAUCGCGCCGACGCAACUCCCCGUAGUAGAGUCAUCUGCCUCCUGUGCAGUUUAAGGUUUACAUUCCCUGCUUCUUACACUAGGGGUCAACAACGUACCAGAUUUUAGAAAAUGGCGUGCAUGUAGCUGACUCUAUUAGAUUGGUUCUAUGACGCCAUAAACUUCCCUUAUCGGGAUAAAAAAAAAACACAGUGCAGUAUUUGUAUUCAUAGUAGUAAGCGGUAAGGAUGGACAGAGAGUAAUGAUGAUUUUUUUUUGGGAAUACCUGGCCAGUUCUGAUACCUCAUGUUUAAUUAGUGGCUAAAUCCUAAAACUGAUUAUGAUCAAAUUAGACCGUAGUCCUUGGAUAGGCAACGUUGUGUGAUACAAGCUUUUAGCAGCUAUAAGCAAUAACACAAA